AUGGUAAAACUAGAUGUCGAACUUGCCUCGUCCUGGAUCUCAGCGUUUGGAGAAGCUGUCAGUCAAGGAAAUAUAGAAGCUCUACUAGAUUGCCUUGACCCGUCUUGUUGGCUUCGUGAUCUGCUGAUCUUUACUCCGAGCCUCGAAACACGCCACGGACAUGUUGCCAUCCGUGUCUACCUACAGAAUGCACUCUGCGAAAUACAAAUCUCGAAUUUUGUCUUGGACACAGAUCCACACGGAAAGCCUCAUGCAUCCGACUUCGGUCCCGGAACACCAGUCAUAGCAUCGGCAUUCGAUUUUGAGACACCUAAGGCACUCGGAAGGGGCUUCGUGCGCUUGUACUAUCCAAAUGAUGGCGAUACUCCGAAGGCGAUUACUGUUAUGAUGAUGCUAAGUGACUGGAAAGGCCAUGAAGAAACUGCGAACGAGUCUGGAGUGUAUGAUGGACACAAUCUAACUUGGGGCGAAGUUUAUAGGCGACGGCGUGAGGAGAUUGAGAAGAAGCCCCAAGUUGUCAUUGUUGGCGGAGCCCAGACGGGACUUCAAGUCGCCGCCCGUUUUCGUCAGAUGGGCAUCCGAACUCUCGUUAUUGAACAGACUGCUCGUGUCGGUGACGUCUGGCGGAACAGGUAUCCGACCCUUGCGCUGCAUACUCCCCGCUCACACCACGGCCUGCUGUACCAGCCAUUUCCAUCUAACUGGCCCACAUUUACGCCACGAGACAAAUUAGCAAAUUGGCUCGAGCAAUAUGUUGACAAUCAAGAUCUCGUAGUCUGGACUUCUACAACGCCCAUACAGACUCCGAAAUACGACUCCACCACGAAGUGCUGGGACCUGACCCUAUAUCGGAGAUCCCAUACUCCAUCACUUCCGGGAUCCUCCUCCUUUUCUGGUACCAUCCUUCACGCUAGCGCAUUCCCUGGCGGCGAGCCCUUCAAAGGACAACGCGUGGUUGUGGUUGGUGCAGGAAACACUUCUGCGGAUGUCUGCCAGGACCUGGUCUUUCGUGGGGCGCAGAGCGUCACAAUGGUACAACGGUCCUCAAGCCUAGUCGUCUCAGACAAAUACUUCGGUGCAAUGCUUGCACCAGUGUUCCCAGAAGACCGUCCCGUGUACUACUCGGAUCUAGUGUACGCUUCGCUAUCAAAUGGAGCCUUCUUCGAAUUAGGAAAGAGGUCUCAGUCGCUUGCAGACGAGUUCGACAAAGAGAUGCAUGAAGGGUUGAUCAAGGCUGGAUUCAAACUGGAUUCUGGACCGGAUAACGCGGGAAUACUAGCCAAAGCAUUUGAUCGACUGGGAGGUUAUUUUAUUGAUGUAGGAUGUGCCGCGCUUAUCAUUAAUGGACAAGUCAAAGUCAAGCAGGGAGUCGAGAUCGAUCAUCUAACUGAGAAGAGAGUUGUGUUCAGCGAUGGCUUCGGACUCGAUGCUGAUGCGAUCAUACUUGCAACGGGGUGGCAUCGUCUCCGCGAUAAACUAAUCCGUAUAUUCGGGCGUGAAGCCAUUGAUAAUACGAGCCAAUUGCUUGGUACCGAUGAAUAUGGAGAGACCCGAGCUGGAUACAAGCCAUCUGGUCAACCAGGACUCUGGUUUGCCGCAGGUGACUUUUCCAACUCGCGAUUCUCUUCGAAGUUGCUUACGUUGAACGAUCUUGGUAAUGUCCUUUGUGUUCGAUUCGAGCAAUAUGGGAAAAUAGGAGAUCUAGAGGAAGCAAUCAAGUUUUGCCGUACCGCCUUGGAGUUCUGCCCGGAUGGCCACCCCGACCGCUGCUCAUCACUGGAUAGCCUUGCAGGUUCACUUCAAACUCGAUUUCAUCAGUUUGGCCAGCUCGCGGACCUUGAUGACGCCGUCUGGCAUUUUCGCGCUGCCUUACAACUCCGCCCCGAUGGCCAUUCCGACCGCUCCGCGUCCCUGAAUAACCUUGCCUCUUCCCUUUCAACUCGAUUUGAACAGCACGGACAGGCUGCAGACCUAGAUGAGGCCAUCGGACUUCAUCGUGCUGCCCUGGAGCUUCUCCCCAGUGGCCAUCCCGAUCGGUUCAAAUCUUUGAGCAACCUUGCAACUUCCCUUACAACUCGAUAUAUACAAGACGGACGGACUGCAGACCUUGACGAUGCCAUCGAACAUCUUCGUGCUUCCCUAAAACUUUGCUGCAACAGUCGUCAUCCCAAUUAUUCCGCAUCUCUGAAUAACCUUGCAAAUUGCCUUCGAAUUCGAUUUCAACAGCAUGGACAAACAACAGACCUCGAUGAAGCCAUCGAGUAUGUUCGGACUGCCUUGGAACUUCAACCAAAUGGCCAUUCCAAUCGUUCCUCAUCUCUGAACAACCUUGCAGCUUCACUUCAAAUUCGAUUCAAUCAGCAUGGCAAAGCUGCUGAUCUUGAUGAAGCGAUUGGUCACCAUCGUGCUGCCCUGCAACUUUCUCCCAAAGGUCAUCCAGAACGUUACGUGUCCCUGACUAGCCUUUCAGUCUCACUCGAAAUGCGAUUUGAUCAGCAUGGGCAAGCUGCGGACCUCGAUGAGGCCAUCGAGCACUAUCGUGCUGCUCUGGAACUUCUCUCCAGCACCCAUCCUAAUCGUCUUAUAACUCUAAAUAAUCUUGCAGGUUCCCUCCGAACACGAUUUGAACAGCGUGGUCGGGCUGCAGACCUCGAUGAGGCCAUAGUACACCAUCGUGCUGCUUUAGCUGUGUGCCCCAUUGGCUAUCCGAAGCGUUCCGCGUGUCUGAAUAAUCUCGGAGUUUCCCUCAUAAUUCGAUUUAACCAGCACGGUCGAACCGCAGACCUUGAUGAUGCCAUCAAACUUUUUUGUACUGGCCUAGCACUUUAUCCUGACAGCAAUCCGAAUCGUACCGAGUCUCUCAAUAACCUCGCAUCUUCUCUUCGAAUACGAUUCGAACAGUAUGGACGGAUCGCGGAUAUUGAUAAAUCCAUCGAGUAUGGCCGUGCUGCUCUGCAACUUCGCCCUGAUGGCCAUCCCAAUCGAUAUAUUCCUCUGAAUAACCUCGCCACUUCCUUCGGAACACGAUUUCGACACUAUGGACGGUCUGCGGAUCUGGAUGAGGCUAUUAAACAUCAUCGUGCUACCCUGCUAUUUCAUCCUGAUGGCCAUCCCAGUCGUCCCAUAACCUUGAAUAACCUUGCAGCUUCCCUCCAAGACCUUGAUGAGGUCAUCGAGCAUCACCGCGCUGCUCUGGACCUCCUUGCAGAAGGCCAUCCUAAUCUUUCCAUGUCACUUGCAAACCUCGCUUUCUCUCUAUAUUCACGAUUCAAGAAGUUUGGAACCAUUGACGAUUUUGAGGAGUGUAUGCGAUUGCGCGAACGUGCUACAGGAUAUGAGUUUUCCAGCCUGGUGACACGCCUUGAGGUUGCUGGCCAUUGGGCAAGCCAUGCUCGAAGUCAUGCUCACCACAGCACAUCUAGAGCUUACAAGAUGGUAGUAUCGCUCCUACAGCGUGCGAUUAUUAUUAACCCCACUCUUCAUGCACAACACGAUUUCUUGAGAGAGAAAUUGGACUACGGAAUGCUCACAUUAGAUGCAGCUGCCUUUGCUGUACAGCAAAAUAGGCUCGAAGAGGCUAUAGAGAUACUUGAGCAAGGAAGGUGUUUACUUUGGUCACAGAUGCGUGGUUUCAGGACACCUCUUGAUCACCUUGCAGACAUAAAUAGGGAGCUUGCUGACAAGUUCAGGAACGUUAGCCACCAGCUGGAGAAUCUUGCAACAUUACAUACUGGGUUACAGUCUGAUUCAGACAGGAGCCGCAGGACAUCUGUACUGGACUUGCAUAGAGAACGUACGUUAUUCGAGGAGAAGCUGAGACUGAAGAAGCAGCUCUCUAACGAGCAGGAAGGGAUUAUCAAUGAGAUACGACAAAUUCCUGGGUUCGAGGAUUUUCUUACAGCUACGCCGUUUAAGAUACUCCAACAGGCAGCAUUGGAGGGUCCGCUGAUUGUGCUCAAUCAUUGUACAUAUCGAUCGGAUGCGCUCAUUGCUCUGGCCCCGGAGGAUCUACCGGUGGUCUGCGUCCCAUUAGAUGGAGAGUUCUACAAAGACAGCAUGAAGCUGUGUGGUGAGCUUUUAGGAAAACGAGCUCGUUCCAGAGCUUCUUCGUUAGAAUAUGACGAGAUACUCUGCCGAGUAAUGAAGACGCUAUGGGAUAGGGUCGUCUCCAAAGUCGUCAACAAACUUAAGGAGCUCGGGAUAGCUGAGGGAUCGCGGAUUUGGUGGUACCCUACGUCUGUGCUUUCUGCUCUUCCUUUCCAUGCAGCAGGGCCAUUUGAGGGCACGAAUGGCACCAUGAAGUAUUUAUUGGACGAUUAUGUAUCAUCGUAUACCCCGACGCUUGGUGCUCUUAUCAAUGCCAGGUCCGAGUCAAGGGAAAACAUUGACAAACCUAGAAUGCUCAUUGUUGGCGACACCAUCACUCUUCAGAUGACUGAAGCUGAAGGCGACUCGUUGAAACGUCUGCAAAAAGUCACGUGGGUACAUUUCGCAUGCCACGGGCAUCUCGGAUCAGGGCCAUUUGACUCUUCUUUCAAGCUCUCUGACGCGGGAUUGACAUUGCUCGAUAUCAUCCGAGCUAACCUUCCAAAUGCUGAGUUUGCAUUUCUAUCUGCCUGUCACACCGCAGAACAGGAUCCAUCUGGCUCAUACGAUGAAGUUCUCCACUUAGCUGCCGCUGUGCAGUUUUGUGGUUUCCGAAGCGUGAUUGGGACGAUGUGGGGGAAAUAUGGUGAGGUGAUUCAUAAGCGGUCUGCAGCUGCAAUUCGCAAAGCGGUUUUGGAAUUGCGGAAUCAGGACGGAGUGCAAACAGAGCAAUGGGUUAACUUGGUGCACAUUGGUGCUUGA